CAUUUUAUUCUCUCUUAGUCGGUGAUUUUUCACGCUCUGAUAAUUUCCUGAGGCGGUUGGGGUUUUCGAUUUCUUUCAUUCUUCUCCAUAUUCGUUUCCAUUUUCCUUUGAAGCUUAUAUUUUGCUUUGCAUACUAAGGCUCAAGUUCUUGUGGGGUUCAUAGCACUUAGAAAAUGCAGGGAGGCAGAGGUGGCGGGGAUCCUUUCUUUAAUUUUGGCGAUCCUUUUGCUAGUUUCGGGGGCUUUGGGGGUAACAGAAGUUUAGUGCCAAGCUUAUUUGGAGGGAGGGAUCCAUUUGAUGACCCUUUCUUCACACGCCCAUUCGGAGGCAUGUUUGAAUCAAACUUCUUCGGUUCAAGUGGAAGUCCUUUUAUGAAUAUGCAUCCGACUGGAUUUCUUGAGCAUCAAGCUCCACAGCCAGAAAGACCAAGGGGCCCAAUUAUCGAGGAGUUAAGUUCUGACGAUGAAAAAGAAGAUACAGAUAAAGAAAAGAAUGAAAACCGUAGGAAGCAUGGUAGGUCAAGCAGUAAAGCUUUUGUUGAGGAUCCGGAAGAUGAAGUUGAAGAGAAAAAGAGCAAGCAUGUGCAGUACAGAAAUGACUACAGCAGGUCGAGUGGGAUGCAGUUGCAACCACAAGCUCGUAGUUUCACUUUUCAUAGCUCCGCUGUCUCUUAUGGCGGUGCCAAUGGAUCAUAUUAUACUUCGUCCACAACUAGAAGGACAGGGAGUGAUGGAGUGACCUUCGAAGAAAGCAAAGAAGCUGAUACUGCUACAAGGGAAGCAAAACACAGGAUAUCUAAGGGACUUCAUCAUAAGGGCCAUUCCAUGACAAGGAAGCUUAAGUCAGAUGGUAAAGUGGACACAGUGCAGACCUUACACAAUCUGAAUGAAGAUGAGCUUGCUGGAUUUGAACAAUCUUGGAAGGGAAGUGCUCAAAAACAUAUUCCUGGCUGGACUGAGAAUGUUUUUGGCUAUGACAAUAUUGUUGGUGGCAGCAGUGGACAAAACCGUCCGUCCAUUAGGGGCGGUUGGGCGCUUCCUUCAACAGAGCAUGCCCAGCACUCAGGAAGGGUGAUGCCAGAUGGGCUUCCUUCAACGGAACGUGCCCAGCACUCAGGAAGGGUGAUGCCAGAUGCGCUUCCUUCAACGGAACGUGCCCAGCACUCAGGAAGGGUGAUGCGGGAUGCUAGGGACGGGGCAGGAUCUUCUGGCCCAGAGCUCUCAGGGAGGAUGAAAUCUGAUGUCAGAGACGGUAGUAAUUCCAGGGGGAAAGGGAGAAAUUGAGUUGUACACGAACGAGCUCAUUUUGUUGGAACCCUCCCACCUGCUUUCCCUGUAUUGUUCUAUAGGGUAGUAUGGAGGUUCUAUUGGAAUAGUUCAAUAGUGAAUGCAAAUGAUAGAGGAUCCUAUUCCAUUGUUUUUACAAGUGGGAUCUGAGAUAUGAUGGCUGCAUAUUGUCGUUGGCUUUCUAAGGCAUCUUAUAUUGAAUGCUAAUAUAUAUGCGCUGAUUACUGAA